CUAGUCAAAAGUAAUAUUGAUCUAUUUUUGCUGGGUAGCUCCGGCGGAACUCGAUCAAGACCCUAGUGUGCCCAGCAUCAACCUGCCUCGUUGAACCCACGUGGGUUUCCCGCCAAUUUACCUUGACUGAGGUACUGCGUAGAAGAGGAAGACGAUUCGCCACCACCCCCAGACAAUAACUUCACCCAAGCCAAUCACUCUCAGCUGUUGGCACCCGAACACCACCGUUACAAUUCCAACGGCGACAGGAAUCUGCAGUUUCAACACCUGCACCUUGCCCAAUAUGGAAAACCCACUCGAAGAAAUUGACGGCAUCAUCAAGACGCUCUGCCAAGGCACACCCGCGGCCCAGCAGCGCGCCGUCGAGACCUACUUCCUCCCCGAGGUGUCGUUCGUGCACCCGAUCUGCCUGGUCCACGCGCACAACCCCAUUGUUCUGCCGUCGCUGUUCCCAGGCUUCGUCGGCGGAUCCUCGCGGCCCUGGACCGUCUUUUGUAGCCGCGAUGCCGUCGCUGCCAUCUACCGCUGGUACCGGUUCAUGAGCCCCAACACGGUGGUCCACAUCGACUCCAAGGCCUGGGACGCGAGGAACCAGGUGCUCUACGUCACGGCCCGCCAGCGCUUUACCAUCUGGUUCGUGCCUUUUUAUAAGGCAAACGUCAGGCUCGUUGUUGAGCUCCAACUCCGUCGCCAGAGGCCCGCCGCCCCCUCCAUCCAGACCAACAACGAGUCGCACGGAAGGACCGGUGGCGGCACCGCCAGACAUGGCCCCCAUAAGUACUACAUCGCCAGGCAGGAGGACCAUUACCAGGUCGAUGACGUCCUGCGCUACAUCUUGCCCACCUUUGGCCCAAUACUUGCCUUUAUCAUACGCCAGUUUGCAUCUCUGGUCUGCUUGCUACUGGCUUUGCCCAUCUUCCUCGCUGAUCGUACCUUUGGUGACAAAGAACAGGUUUGAGGAAAACAGGGUCUUGUCUCUUUGCUAUGGCUGGCGAGUAGUGUACAGAAGAAUCGACUGUUUUCAUUAAUCCAUGAGGAGUAGAGGGGGCAAAAAUGUUGUCUCCCAAGACAGUAUUGACUGAUAGUGAACUUCAGCAAUGGUAUCGAGGCCAGCCAUGAAGCUUAAUAAGAUUUUAGCAAAGAGAUAGCAACCCAAUAAAUUUUUGUUUUGACAGAUCGAAC